AUGAACUCAGAAGAAGAUGAAUCGGAAAAAGAAGAUGAAUUGGAAGAAGAAGAAGAGCACGAAGAAGAAAAAGAGGAAGAGGACAAGGAAUUGCUGGAUGAGGAGUAUAAUGAUGACAAUGAUGGCGAGGAAAAUCGACAAUCUCCACAACAGCAGGAAGAAAUUCCUCAACCGGAUCAAACCCCACCGGAAGAACCACUUCAACCGGAACAAACAGAAGACGCUGAAGCAAUGCCUUCAGAUGCACAUGUCUCUUCUUUUGCACCGGUCAUGGUUGAUGAUGAAUAUAUACCACUGCCACCAGAGAAGUUUUACUUUCGUCCAGAUCAGUAUAGAAAGAGUUGUAGGAUAUCAUCGAGGUGUUAUGUGAAUGAUACGGUCAAGGACAUCAAGGAAAUUCCUCAGGCGUUGGAAUGGUUUUCUAGUCAUCCUCAGUUUAAGCAUAUCUUUCAUAUGCCUCUGGUGGAAAACCGUAAAUCAAAAGGAUUUUGGAUGCUUCUUCUGCACCUAGCUUGUACUGAUAGUGACAGAGAAUUAUGCAACUAUGGGGAGCUGAAGGACAAGGAUGCUGGCGAUUUCAAGUUUGUUGAAAAGUGGUUCAAGAGAAGGACCAAUAUUACCAUAGCAGAUGUGAAGAAGAAGCUACGGAAAGUGAAGAGCGCUGUUAACAAGAAGAAGAUGGCUGCGCUAUAUUUCUUAACCAAUGUCUUGAAAGCGAAGUCCAAAUAUAAAGGAAACAUAGAGCCAUUCUUUCUCAAAGUCGUGGAUGAUUUGGACUUGUGCGAAAAAUUCCCUUGGGGCCGUUUGACCUUUGAUGAUUUGGUAGAUGAAGUUAAGAAAGUAGCGAAGAAGUUCAAGGGAGGCGUCGUCAACGAGAAGGAUUCAUGGACCUUUUCUGGAUACAUUCUUCCUAUUGAGGAUAUCAUAAGCAUCUUGGAACCAACCUCAGAGGAGGAAACCCUUAUGGAGCGCAUCAUAGACCCUGGUUGUGAUGAUGGGAUUGGCUACGUGGAUCAUUUAGUCGACCUUUGGAGAGACCAUCUAAUCGUCCAAAAGAAGAAGAUAUGGUGGGAGUCUCUGUACAAGAUUGACUUGGCCGGCAGAGGUAUCACCGAGUUUGCAAAUGAAGUACCAAUGCAGGCACCUGACAACGGUGGAUCAGUUCAGGGAAUGAUGGAAACGAUGAAAGCUUUGAUCGAGGAAGCAACAAAGAAGUUGGAGGAUAAGAUGGAUGAUGUUACCUCAGAGAUUAAGGCAAUGGUUGGGGACUUAGAUGAGAGACUUGAUAUGGUUGAAUGUUAUGUCAAUGAGCAACGAACCAAGAAGGCUCAUGAUAGAAGCGGAGCAAGUAGUUUUCCUCUAGGUUCUGCUUUUCGGACUCCGGCCGAGAAGGUGGUAGCAGGGGAUAUAAGUGAGGCGGAGGAGGAGGCGGAGGAGGAGGAGGAGGAGGAGGAGGAGGAGGAGGAGGAGGAGGAGGAGGAGGAGGAGGAGGAAGAAAAGAGAAGAGGACAAUCAGACCUUCAGCUAUUCUCUCAUCUCCAUAUGUGGCUGGUCAGGCAAAUAGAAAAAGAAAAGCAAGACAAGUGGAAAAGGGAAAGGAGGUGCAAAGAGCCGUACAACACACGUAGGAAACAAGGAUGA